AUGGAUUCCAAAUUUCUCGAGCUCGUCACCUUCAUCAAGCAGGUUAUCCUGUUUUCGAUCGCAUUACUCGUCGGUCAUGCAGCGUUCAUCACCGUUGUUAUGAAGAGAAAGUGGUUCCUCCGUCUUGUUCAAAAGGUUGCCCCCGAGUUCCAUUUCCGAUACCGUCCCGUCAUCUACGGUCUGGAGUUGAUCACCGUCUGGUGGUGCUGGGUCCUCGUCAAGUAUAUCAGUCUAGCCCUAUUCGUGAAUGUUGCGAUGUUACUCGCGAUCAAGAACGGCCUCUUCUACGAAUCACUCGAAGUCUAUGUCUUCGUUGUGUUGAUCGCUGGUAUCGGCUACCUCCUGUCCUUGAUCUCAAACAGCGCGCGUAUCGAGGCAAUGCUGAUAACCGAGAGUAACGACGUGGCCCACCGAUACAGAUGGGACCGAACCCGUCUCCACUAUGCCGGGCGCAACUGGCCUCAGAACGUCCUGUUGAAGAAGAUCCUCUCCGUGGCCGACUGGGUUCAUCAAUGGAACAACGGAAUCCUAGACCGCGUCAUGGCUCAUGAACUUCAGUAUCCUCGACGUUACAAUCCGGAUCCCGAGUCGUGGCCUCAACAAGACCUCGCGUUCCUCGAUGAAUCAGCGAACCACAGCCGAGAGAUUUACCUUAUCCCAAGAGGCGGAUUUUAA